UAGUGUGUCGAUUAGUUAACGUAUGCGUCCGUCGAAUACGUCAUAAAUCUCAUUGUCAUCUGGACACUGCGGUUUGCUAUUGCACUUCGUUCACUGUUGCGGCGAAGAUUGAUAAUACCGACAAUAAAAUUACUCGUAAGUCACGUCGCAUGCCGCGAAUGGAUGGAGUUGGUGUGCGCUCUCGGAAAUCCAAGCCGGUUGUUGUUAUGUUACCGGCAACUGUCUUGACCCUGAAGUUUACGAGCGUAUAAGAGCGUACCGAUGCAAGCUACCCACAUUUUCAAACGUUUUUCGGUGCUGAUAGGAUCGCUGUCCGGCAUCGCUGAGUAAUCGACGUGUCUCGUGUUUUAUUUUUGUCGCGUGUAGCUGAUAGUGCGACCCGCCCCGUGCAUUAUGGCACUGAUAACAGAUAGAAUUUUAUUGUCGGACCUCCAUGAAGUACCGAAAUUGAAAAUCGGCGAUUUCACGCUUGAGAUCGAAGUAGGUCCUCCUUCUGCAGAAAUACAAGAAGUAGCCAGAAAAGAACUCAGAGAAACUCCCGAAAUUCAAAAGGAAGCAGUAGCACGCUUGAAAAAAUUACUACAAGCGGAAUCUAGUUUGAAGACUCCGUUGGACAACGAAGCUUGGCUAAUCAGGUUUCUAAGACCGUGCAAGUAUUAUCCCGAAUCGGCGCGCGAUCUCAUCAAGCAAUACUACAACUUCAAAGUAAAGCACUCAAGCAUAUACGCAACUCUAAUGCCGAGCAAAGAGAAGAAUAUCUUCGAGCAAAAUAUUCUAACCGUGUUGCCUAAUCGCGACCAACACGGCCGGCGUGUCCUAAUAAUCGAGCUUGGAAAGAAAUGGAAGCACAACAAGUGUAGCCUUGACGAGGUCUACAAGGGAUGCGUGCUGUUUCUGGAAGCGGCCAUGCUGGAGCCGACCACGCAGAUCGCUGGUGCGGUCGUUAUCUUCGACAUGGACGGUCUCACCCUGCAGCAAACGUGGCAGUUCACCCCGCCGUUUGCUAAGAGGAUAGUCGACUUGCUUCAGGACGCGAUGCCGUUGAGGGUCAAGAAUAUACACGUCAUCAAUCAACCUUAUGUGUUCAACAUAGUGUUCGCUAUGUUCAAGCCUUUCCUGCAGGACAAGCUAAAGAAUAGAAUAAUCUUUCACGGCACUGAUCGAAAAUCACUGUAUCAGUAUAUUGCGCCAAAAUGUUUGCCAAUGCGUUACGGCGGUAGUGUGGAAAUUGACUAUGUUGAAGGAUUUCAAUGGUACGAAUUAUUAAUCCUGUGUAACAAGGAAUACGAGGCUAUCAAUUCGUAUGGCUACAAAAAGAAGUAGCUCUUUCGUGGCUGAUUUACCACAAUAUAUAAAGCAGAUAUUCGAACUUUUAUAAUUGGGAAUUAAAUAGAAAAUUUAAUCUGCUGCGAAGCGUCGAAUUAGUAUCCAUUACAAUAAUUGUGGAUUAUUUCUUUAUUUUGUUCAAAACACAUUGAAUAAUCUAUAUCUUUGUUUACUUUAUAAUUUUAUCUAUAUGUUAUUAUGUAGCAUUUUUACUUACGUUUCUUGUUCUCAAAAGUCUUGUUCUCAAUAGACUUAGGAUUGGGUCACAAGAUACGACGUUGCAAGACAACGUUGCAUCGCGUUGUUUUUUAUUUUUUAUUGCAAAAAUUAAAAACAAUUAAGUUAGUAAUUAAUAAUCAUUUAAUUAAUGAUUAAUAAUUACUUGAAAUUUAUUUCACUCUCUUGUCCUUGUAAUUAUGUGAUAAAAGUAUUUUAUAAGUAUAUACAUUCCGCGUUGCUUUGAACAUAUUAAACAUCAACAUUCUUUAAGUAAUUUCUAAUUU